GAGAAGCUCUAGAAUGUUACGAGUGCGUGUCACAUGCCCUGGCCGAUGACAGGUGCAAGGGUGAUUUCAUAACGCAAAAGGGUGACAAGGAUGUGGUUAAUUGUUCACAAUCUGUACUGAAUAAGUGGCACAACAAGAUGAUUCAUAAUACAGAGUUGUAUGGUUUGGCUUCAGUCUUCGAAGUUGCACCGAGCACGUACCCAUCGCCAGACCUGGAGCAAUUCUCCUGCCUCAAGCUCGAACUCAAAGUGAACAACGAGGUGAAGACCAUGAGGACCUGCCAGUCGAAAAAGACAGCGGUUCUGGAUCCGUGCAAAAAGGUGGAGCAAGUUGCAAUGAAUAUUCCUGAAAAAGCAAUAUCGGUGGAAUUCUGCGGCCUCUGCAGCAAGGACAAGUGCAAUGGCACAGGCACCACUUCAUCCACCUAUCUAGCGACCUUCCUCUCCCUCGUCGUCACCCUGAGUCUCAUGAGCUAUCUCCACCGAGCUGUCUAACAAAUGCCCAAAAAAAUAUGACAGCACGAGGAAGUCUCGAUAUAUAAAAAAUAAGAAGAGCGCUAUCUGCCCACUCGUUGACAUCACACAUCAAAGCUUCGUAAUUAUUAAUUAUCUCAUAAUUUUUAUUUCACCAUUUGACGAGAUUAAAUAGUGUCAAUCGAAUUACACACAAUUACAUAGAAUAUCUUCCUUCAUCAUGAGUUGGAUUUUCCAAUUGCCAUAGUAUUUGCGUAUUUACGGGAAAUAUUCGCUGUCUUCAGUCAUAAAUUGGCAAUGACGAUACAUAAUCCUGCGAAGCAACAAUCUAAUUGUUUAACAAAGUAAAUUUGGAGAUAUGUAUUGGGAAGAAUGAGAGAGUAGUUAGAUGGAAAAUUGAUGGAUUCAACUGACGAUAUUUAUUGGGUUUCAAUCAUUUGAAUUUUGUUGAUGAUAAGGGGUUUGUAAUUAUUUGAAGGUUGAAAAUAAUUAUGAAUACUUAUGAUUGAUGAUUUUUUCAUUCAAUGAUGCCUGGAGUAAGGUAGGGUUUAUACGUUUUUUUUUUAUCGUAAUGACGUAAGUUUGAUUAAUUUCCUAAGACGUUUACCAUUUUUUAUUACAAAAGGGAGAAUAUUUGGGAGUGAGUAGGGCGUAAGGGAUUCGAACAAUCUCGGAGCUAAAAAUUUCUGUGAAUUUCACCUAGUGGCCUGUAAUUCAUGUUUUUUAUUCGAUUAGUUAUUCCACAUAAUUACGAAUGAAUUGCGUGCCUCGACGAUGCCUAGACCGCCUAAAAAAAAA